AUGGCUCAGAAAUCCCCUACCAUCGACGUGACUGAUCUCAGCUACAACUUCCCAGGCUCCACCUCGGGCCUUAAGAACAUCUCUCUCUCGGUGCCCUCGCGCUCGCGCACCCUCCUCAUCGGCGCCAAUGGCGCUGGCAAGACUACCCUCCUCCGCCUCCUUGCCGGCAAGCGUCUGGCACCACAGGGUGGCAUCUCCAUCGCUGGUAUCGAUCCCUUCAAGGAUGGGCUCGAGGGCGUCACCUACCUCGGCCUCGAAUGGGUCCUGAACCCCAUCGUCCGCACCGACAUCGGCGUCGUUGAACUCCUCCGCUCCGUCGGCGGCGACGCCUACCCCGACCGCCGCGAUGAGCUCGUCUCCGUCCUCGACAUCGACACUGCCUGGCGCAUGCACGCCGUAUCCGACGGCGAGCGUCGCCGUGUUCAGCUUGCCAUGGGCCUCAUCCGCCCUUGGACCAUCCUCCUGCUCGACGAGAUCACUGUCGACCUCGACGUGCUCAGCCGUGCCGAGUUCCUGGGCUGGCUGCGCCGCGAGACCGAGAUCCGGGACUGCACCAUCGUCUACGCCACCCACAUCCUCGACAACCUCGCCGGCUGGCCCACUCAUCUCGUCCACAUGCACCUCGGCACUGUGCGCGAGUGGGACACGGCCGGCAAGUUCAUCGCCGGCGUCGAGGGCGGCACCGGUAACAGCACCCUCGGCGAACUGGUCCUGGGGUGGCUGCGCCAGGAUCUGAAGGACCGCGGCCCGAGAUCGCAGGCCCACAUUGAGUCUGAGGGCAAGACCUAUUCCGCUGGCGGCUACGGAGGCUACGGCGACGAAUCUGAUAAACUGAAAUGA